AGGGGGAAGUAAUUAAACAAUAAACAGUUACAAUGUAAAUACAUAAGUUUCUAACUAUUAGAACACUUCUUGAAAAAAGUCCACAGAAAUGUCCAUUAUGAAUAAAACGGAAAAACAGUGUUUUACAUGGCUUGAAGUCGGUAAUUCUACAACACUUGAAGAUUUGAACAACCAGUUCACAGAGCGGCAUAUAGGAGGAAUCAUUUUUACAACAAUUUUAAUGAUAAUUGGGAUAUUCGGCAACUUUGGUGUUCUUUGGAUUUACAUUCAGAGAUUCAGAGUAUCGAAUUAUAGGACAUACACAAUAUGGCUGGCCAUCAUGGAUAUUGCAAACUCGUGUAUCGGAAUGCCUUUCCUGAUUUACUACAUGAGCCAUUACUUAACCUUUCCAUCGUAUGUACUCUGCAAAUUCGGUCGAUUAAGCAUGGUCUUUACAACGAACUGUUCCGCCUUUAUUUUAAUAGUGAUAGCUUUCGAUAGAUACAGAAAAGUAUGUAGGCCUUUAAACUGGCAACUUUCGUACGGAAAUACAAAAGUGUGUUGUAUUAUUGCCACCAUUUUAGGACUGUUGACGUCAUGGCCAUGCUUGGUUUUAUACGGGAUUUACACAGUUGAUACGGCGAUUCCUGGGGUGAAAGGAAUUCGGUGCUGGACAGAUGACGACUACAAAAAUACUGUUUACCCAAGUGUUUAUUAUAUUCUACUGUACGUUCUCAAUUUCUUAGUUGUUCCUGUUUUGUUUGCCGUCUACGCACAGAUUUUACGGUUUCUACAUAAACAUGGAAAAACCGGCGUCAACGUAAAAACUAAGAAAACAACUGUCACACUUUUAGCUGUUUCAGCAGCUUUCCUAUUGAGUGCUAUUCCACAUUACAGCCUUGUUGUGACAACUCGGAUUCAAAAAGACUUCAACUGUAAAAUGACAUUUUCAGAAGGAUUUGCCUAUUAUACAUUUGUGUUCUCAAUUUUGUUGAACAACGCUGUCAAUCCUUUCAUAUAUGGAUUUUUGGACACGAAAUUUAGGCGCGAAAUGAAAAGUGUUUUCAAAAGAUUGCGACAAAAGAAAGCUGAAGAUGAAACAGAUUGUAGAGGUACCAGAUCAAUGCAGUCGGAUUCAGUUACUCAUUAAAAAGUAUCACUGAAUUUGAUCAAAAGGAGAUUAUUAAAACGAAAGUUGGUUUUUAUAGGUGUGUAAAAUUGCUUUUGUUUAUUCGCGUGCUUUUAAAUAAAAGGGUUUUGCACUGAUA